UGUGCCACAUAUAUUAUUUAAACACUAAAAGGUUCUUGUUCCCCUUGUCUCAUCCAGCAAGUAAUUCAAGAUGCAAAGAAAUUUCUUGAGCCUGCUUGUGCUACUGCUUUUCUUUUUGAGUUUCUCAUAUGUUCUCUCUUCCUCUGCUUCCCUUGCAACCAGAACCAAAAAUUUGAAAGGUGAAGAUACAUCAUCUCAGCCUUCUCUAGCUAUGGUGGAUGGUAAUUAUGGUGAGAAAGUUAUGGUAGUUGAUAAGGAAGAAGCAUUAGUUGAAAGGAGGAUGGAUUUGGAAACUCAAGACUAUGGAGGGACCGGAGCAAAUACAGAUCAUGAGCCAAAACCCCCUAGAAGGAUUUAAUCCCUAAUUAAAAAUGCCACUAAAUUUAUGUUUCCUUGUCUUUUUCAUGUAAUGCAUGCAUGUUGUUCCCUUUCAUUAAUUUAAUUAUAACGUGUUUGUUUUGUCACGCCUUUGUCUGCUGCUUUUCUAUUCAAAGUCACAAAUUGUAUGUAUCUUGAGUUGUUAUUUCAAAUAAACAAGGUUGUUAUUAUAUA